CUAAAGAUCACUUAACUAUCUGCAAUUACGAUAGUAUUCUGAGCAUACAUCGGCAAUAUGUUAUUAACCAUAGCCUUAAAAGGUACGUGCACGAAGUUGAACUGGCUUUUGUCAGAGGUCAGCUUCCUGACCUAGCCUGUUACAAACGGACAAGCAACAAUACUAUCGACGCCAAUGAAAUCAUUCCAAAAAUAUCUGUUGUUCAUUUCGAAAAUAUCGGUAAAAAGGUUAUCAUUAAGGUAUCUGGUAACGACAUGUGGUUCGUACACCAGACGUCUGUCACAACAGUUGAUUUUGAUGGUAAAAAUUUGCCUGUGGACUUCGUUAGAUCGACUGGUUCUCAAGUUCAAACAAGAAUAAAGAAAAAGAGCAUCACCUACGAAGAAAACGUUUGUGUUCGGAUGAAGACACAUUUUGAAAAGUCCAAGUAUCUUGAGUCAUUUACUGCUCUAGCAAAGACAACGACUUAUUCUAUAACUCAAAGACAAGAACAACGCCUCAAAAGAAAGUUUGCAAGGAAACGAGUGCUUCUCUGUCAAACUGAUCUUAAGGUGCUUUUUCCAUCUUCUGAGUGCCAAGACAAAGAAAAAACAAACAGGUGUAUUAGAUCGCCAAUAACUUUGCUGAUUGAAGGGGAAAAAAUCAAUGAAGAGUUAAGCGAAGAAUUAACAUCAGAUGCAUCAUCACUUUCUUCUGGAGUUUCUUCUUCUUCCAUGAACAGUAAGAUGCUGGGUACUUUAAAUAUUUUACGGAGUAAAUUCAAAACCUGUAGCAGCUUGCUUAGCGCUUUCAUGCAAUCUCAAGUGCAGAUUCCUCUCGAAAAAGCUGGUAAUGAUAGUGAUGUGAAUGAGUUGGCCAAACAUGCUAAUUCAUUUCGAUUAUCCACGGCGUCUGACACCACAGAUCAGAAGCGAACCACCGUUCCGUUGAUUUACAACUUGGAUGAGCACUUUAAAGGUUUAGAUGUCAUUGAUUUUCCUGGUGUUGAUGAUGGUGAUGAGACAGUUCCUGAGUUGGCAAAAUUGUUGUUAAGUUUGACUCGGAUUGUUGUAUUUGUUGUUGACUACAAGUAA